AUGGAAGCCAACUCUUCGGAGCCGGCUACAGAGCCAGUCCGAUUCCGCGCUGGCAAAAAACGAAAGGCCUAUCGCCAACGCGUCCAGGAAGAUAUCGCUGUCGCAGAAACAAUACAAUCGCCUCCUACUGAAUCUGCAUCAGAACCCAGUGAUAAAGCCACCCGAAAAAAUUCACCAGAUCGCGCCCAAGAUGAAGAAGGAUCUGUCGCUGCUGCGCUCAAGCUGCGCAACGCGCGAAGAGCUCGGCUUGGAGGUGUCGCAUUUCGAAAUACAAACCGUCCAGACGAUGACACGAACAACGAGCGUGCUCUUGUUCCCCACGACGCAGAUGAUACUUCGAAUAACGAACCCAUUACAAAAGGCGUUGCAGAUCGAUUCACUCACCAGACGGGCAGACUUACAGAUCUUAAUGACAAGCAUAUGAUGGACUACAUAGAAUCUCGACUAUAUAAUCGUGCGGGCGGAAAUAGUUCACAGAACACUUCAUCUGCAUCUACAUCAGACCCGGCUCGACAACCUUCAGCAACAAUGACAAACCACGAGAGUGGGCGGGCAGUAAUGCAGGGCCAAUUGAUGGAGAUCAAUCUCGAUGACCAUUCUGUUCGAAAUGAAAGCGCUGUUAAGGCAGAUAGUGCGACAGACGGCGGACCAAGAGCCAAGAAGCCUAGACUUAGAAGGGAUGGCAAGCCAUGGCGUUCGCGAAACCGUCGAGAUAGCGACUCUCUCAAACGAGAUCAGAUCGUUGACCAGAUUCUCCAUGAAGCAAGACUCGACUUAUACGAACCGGCUCCAGAACAAAAUAGCAGCACUGUAGGUGCCGACCAGGAUGGCGCCGCUGAUGCGCGGCUCGCCGAAGAGUUCCGGCAGCAAUUUCUUGAGGACGUAGCAGAACGACAGCUUCGGAAAAAGAAGGCAACGAACCAAACAACGCGUGCCGGUACCGAGGAAGUACUCAAAGGCCCCAAACUUGGUGGCAGUCGUAACGCUAGAGCUCAGAUGAGAGAUCUUUUGUUGAAGAAAGAGAAGGAAGGGAAGAAGUAA